AUGCGUGAGUACAAGCUAGUGGUCCUUGGUUCAGGAGGCGUGGGCAAGUCUGCUUUGAUUGUUCAAUUUGUUCAGGGAAUUUUUGUUGAAAAAUAUGAUCCAACGAUAGAAGAUUCCUACAGAAAGCAAGUUGAAGGAGAUUGCCAACAGUGUAUGCUCAAAAUCCUGGAUACAGCAGGGACAGAACAAUUUACAGCGAUGAGAGAUUUAUGUAUGAAGAAUGGCCAAGGGUUUGCACUAGUAUAUUCUAUUACAGCUCAGUCUACAUUUAAUGACUUACAGGACCUGAGGGAACAGAUUUUACGGGUUAAGGACACAGAAGAUGUUCCAAUGAUUUUGGUGGGCAAUAAAUGUGACCUGGAAGAUGAGCGAGCAGUUGGCAAAGAACAGGGUCAGAAUUUAGCAAGACAGUGGUGUAACUGUGCCUUUUUAGAGUCUUCUGCAAAGUCGAAGAUCAAUGUUAAUGAGAUAUUUUAUGAUCUGGUCAGACAGAUAAAUAGAAAAACACCACUGGAAAAGAAGAAGCCUAAAAAGAAAUCAUGCCUGCUGCUCUAA